CUACCACGCUAGGCCGAAGAUAGAAGUAGCAGUAUUCUUUGCAUAUUCGCGCGCGACUCAUUCAUAAGCACUCGUAAGAACCGGAACAUGGCCGGCGCACGCCACUGGGAUCAGGACAAAGACAGCACCCUCUAUGUCGGAAAUCUUGACGAGCGAUGCACCGAUUCCCUUGUGUGGGAGCUGAUGCUGCAAGCUGGUCCUGUCAUAAACGUCCACCUGCCAAAAGACCGCGUGACGCAAACACACCAAGGCUAUGGCUUCGUCGAAUUCGGCAGUGAAGAAGACGCCGACUAUGCCGCGAAGAUCAUGAACCAGAUCCGGCUCUGGGGCAAGCCUAUACGGGUUAACAAAGCUUCUGCCGACAGACGAGGCGCGCCUGGUACGGUCGAAGGUGGAGGGCUGGGAGGUGGACAGGGUGUGGGUGCCGAGUUGUUCGUUGGCAAUCUUGACAGCAUGGUCGAUGAGAAGAUACUGUUCGAGACGUUCUCACGCUUUGGGCCCCUCAUUGCGCCGCCGAAGGUCGCCAGAGACGAUGCCAACCUUUCGAAAGGGUAUGGCUUCAUUUCUUAUGCGAGCUUCGAGGCUUCGGACGAUGCGAUUGCGAAUAUGCAUGGGCAGUACCUCAUGAACAAGGAAGUCACUGUACAGUAUGCGUACAAGAAGGACGGAAAGGGCGAGAGACACGGUGACCCUGCCGAGCGAGCCCUAGCGGCGCAAGCGAAGAAGCAUGGCGUGCAAGUCGCCAUCCCAGCCAUGCCAGCGGCGCUUGUAUUGCCCAACGGUGCACCGAACGGGCCCGCUACAAUGGCACCAGGUAUGAUGGGUGGCUAUCCAACACAAGAGCCCGCAAUGCACACGCCAGCACCGCCCGUACGAGCGCCUCAGCCACCGCCAGCUUACAACUACACACCGUACGGAAUGCCGUCCGGAGCCGGCUACCCCAUGCCACCAUCCAUGCCAAUGCCACAUCACCAUCAGCAGCAACCCAGCGGCAUCCCACAGCCACCUCGAACCUUCAACCAAUCACCUUUACAAGCUGCGCCUACGGGUGCCGGACUGCCUGCACGACCUCCACCUAGUAUGGCUGGGUAUGGAGGGCCAGUGCAUGCGCCGGGUAUGCAACAACCGUAUCAACCUGCCCCACCGCCAAACUUCGUGCCGCCUGGAAUGCCGCCUGGGAUGCCGCCUGGAAUGCCUGGUCCGCCACCUGCGUUUAGGCCACCAAGUGUACCCAAUGGUGUAUAUCAGCAGAGGUAACAAACCAGCGCUAGCGAGUCGAAGGAGAAAACUGCUUUGCGGGCUUAGCGACGGCGUCAAGGUUGUAUUGUUACGGAAAGGUUUAAGGUCGUCAAGAAAGAACGCUUCAACUGUAAUUCUACUAUGUAGAAAACAGCAUGAGCAGAUACAGCGCUUAAUGUAGCGCAUUACAUUGCUGCGCUCCGAGCUCGGCGGGAUCUACUGCACGCAACAAGGCAGCAUCAACGAACAUGACUUCGAGUCAGGCCUCUAAUCUUACCCCAACCACUUAUUUCGCUCCAUCAACCUACGAACUCUCCCCCGCCUCCUUGGCCUUCCUAGCCUUCGAACCCCUCAACUUCUUC